AUGAUAAAGAUGUGUGCAUCUUUCCAUAUCUCCUCAAGAAUUCUGAAAUCUGAUUUAAAAUGGAGUUAUGUUCACGGGGCAUCAAAUAUACCUUUGCUUGGAAUUACAGUAGGAAAGCAGUUACAGGCAAUGGUUGAAUCUUGCCCUGACAGAGAUGCUAUGGUAUUUUUUCAAGACAGAGUUAAACUUACCUUUGGGGAACUACUUGAAAAGUCAGAUAAGUUGGCUGCAGGUCUUCAAGCACUUGGAAUUCAAAGGGGAGAUUGUUUUGGAAUCCUGGGUCCCAAUUCGGCAGAAUGGGUCCUAACACAAUAUGCUUCAGCAAGGGCAGGCUUUAUUUUGGUGAACAUUAACCCCUCCUACAAAAGAGAUGAGCUAAAAUAUGCUUUAUUAAAGUCUGGGUGUAAAGGAAUUGUUACUGCUCCCAGUUUUAAGUCUCAGAACUACGUUCAAAUGUUAACUGAGAUUAUUCCAGAAUUGACAUCCUUGCCACAAGGAGCCCCUAUAAACUCCAAAGAGCUACCUAAUAUGAAGCACAUAAUUACCAUGGGUCCCAAACAUUACCCAGGCACCCUGUUAUUUGAUGAUGUUCUUAACCAAGCAACACCUUCACAAAUUCAGAAUAUUGUGGAUACCCAAGACCUGAUUCAGUUUGAUGACCCUGUUAAUAUUCAGUUUACCUCCGGAACAACAGGCUCUCCUAAAGGUGCAGUUCUUACCCAUCAUAACAUUGUCAACAACAGUUAUUUUGUUGGGCUAAGGUGCGGCUACCAUGUUCAUGAUGCUGUUAUAUGUGUGCCUGUCCCACUGUACCACUGCUUUGGUAUGGUGAUGGCCUGUUUGCAGAGCAUUACACAUGGAGCAACAUGUGUGUGGCCAUCACAAGUUUUUGAUGUACCCACUGUACUGAAGUCUAUAGAAGAAUUCAGGUGCACCUCUUUAUAUGGUGUUCCCACCAUGAUCAUUGACAUCUUAAAUCAUCCCUUAUGUGAAAAAACGGACACGUCCAGUCUAGUAACCGGAAUCAUGGCUGGCUCACCAUGCCCUAUUGAGACGAUGAAAGCAGUGCUUGAAAAACUUAAAAUACAUAAAAUCACUGUGUGUUAUGGGUCCACUGAAACCAGUCCGGUCACAUUGCAAUCAACAGGAGAAUGCUCGUUUGAUAAGAGGGUUUCAACUGUUGGUAAAGUUUUGGACCACCAAGAGGUUAAGAUCGUGGACACUGAGGGGAGAAUAGUUCCCAUAGGAACAUCUGGUGAGCUGUGUACUAGAGGGUCAAGCACAAUGCUGGGAUACUGGAAGGAUCCAGAGAAGACAAAAGAUGUGAUAACUCCUGACCAGUGGUACCACACAGGAGACCUGGCCAUCAUGACAGAAGAAGGAUACUGUAAAAUAUCAGGACGCAUCAAGGACAUGCUGAUCCGUGGUGGAGAAAACAUUUACCCCUUGGAGAUUGAACAAAUCCUGUACAAGCAUCCCAAGAUCAAGGAUGUACAAGUCAUUGGUGUACCGGACACACGACUAGGGGAACAGGUGUGUGCAUGGAUUGUACCAAAAACAGACAUGACGCUCACUGAGCAGGAAGUAAAAGAGUUUUGUAAGGAUAAGAUGGCAAGGUACAAAAUCCCCCAUUAUGUUAUAUUUGUGGAGGACUACCCAAAGACAGUCAGUGGCAAAGUACAGAAGUACAUCAUGCGAGAGAGGAGCAUUGAGCAGCUAGGCUUGGUAUGCCAGUAGCAGUAGAGUUUGCCUCAAAGCUGCUCACCAAAUUUUGUUAUGUUGAUAUGAAAACCUGCCUGGGAUGUUGUCUUACUUUUGUUAAGCUAAUGUUCAUGUUGAUGUGUAGCAGUAGAGUUUGCCUUAAAGCUACUCACCAAAUUUUGUUAUGUUGAGGUGGAAACUUGCCUGGGAUAUUGUCUUACUUUUGAUAAGCUUAUGUUCUUGAUGAUGUGCUGAGGUUUACAAAUAUUUUAAUGUUAACUACUACUUACAAGUUGCUCACCAUAUUCUGGUCCAUUUAAAAUUGUUCUCUAUUAAUAUUAAUUGAAUGCUUUAAGCUUGUUAUUUGGAAAGUUGCUUCUGAUGUAACCUAUAAUAUGCUUUGUUGAAGUGCCAAUAUCUACACAUUUUGUUCAUGUAUUCAUGUUUACAAAUGAAGACCACAGGGGAUAAACCACAAUUGUCAGUUUUCUACUUUUGUGAAAAAUGGGGUUUUGUGUUUGAGAUCCUUUGCUGUUCUAUUGUGGGAUAAAUAAUGAGAGGAUUGAGGUGGUUUUACGCUUUCAUAUUAUUAAUUAUGAUAGAUAUACACUACUACUGCAUAAAUAUGGCACUAACUCAAAAAUGUCAAAAAAUGGACAUCUGUGGUUCAUCCUGUGUGGUCUUCAAAAAAAUUUAUGUUUUCUGCUUUAAAUCUACUCACAAAAUUUUUAUAUAUUUAUACUGUGUUGUGUACACUUAACCAUCUAUACCUUAAAUAUUAAUUAUUUUUUAUUAUAUGCAUUCUUAACUACUCUUCUACAUGUUUGGGAUGGGUUUUUGUUUAUAAAGGAUAAAAUUAAAAAUGAGACUUUUCCCUUGUGUAAGCUCAAAUGGUGAAUCACAUAUAAAAUAAAUGGCAAUUUUAAUGUGUUUAAUUUGUUUUUUGAACAUACUAUAAAAAACUUGUUUUGUUGAAUGUUUUGAUUACAAAAAAGAGUCAUUAUCUCCUCUUUUUUUUGUAAUGAAUUGCACUUGUUUUGUAUUAUUAUAAAAUGUAUUAAGUGCCUAAAAUAAAAAUCUUUAUACCACUGUGAAAGUUGCUAUAUUUACAUAUUACACAUGUCACUUGUCUUGAAUAUUUUGUUAUCGGUAUGAUUAUUUAACCUGUUUUAGUCAUUUCAGUAUACAUGAUAAUUUUUUUGUGUGUAUUUGUAUGGUUUGGUAUGUCAUUACCUACAGAACAUAUUUUUGGUACAACUAAUUGGACUGAUGACUUAACAUCAUUAGAUGUACUUGGUACUUAAGCCUUGUGUAAUACUUUAGUGUUUUUCUUUUAAAUGGGCUUCAUGCCAUCUAUGUUAUUAUAAUUAUUCUAAUUAUUAUCAUGAAUAAUCAGCACCUCAAGAUGCCAUACAAAUUGUAUGACUCCCAACUUUGUUAUUCUAGAGAGACCAAAAGUUUUAUAAGCUGUUUAUUUAAUUUCUGUUUACUUACUAUGUUACCAACCAAGAUCUUAAUACAAAUUAGAUGAAUGAUCUGUUAAUUUAUUAUAUUUUUCUUAUAUUUUCUUGUGUUUUCUGUGUAACUGAAUUAAGCUUUGUUAAUGCUCUACCAUACAUUAAAUAUCAUUGUCAA